AUUACACUGUAUUUCGAGACGCCUUUUGUCUUAGUUUCUGGAACUAAGAAUGGCCGAGAAAGUGCAGAAACAAUCUUCAGAUGAUUCGUCUUUUAAUAUAAUUACGUAAGUACAUUUUUAGGUAUGGAUUUCGUGAAAUGUGGAGUGAAACUUUGAUCAAUGUCCAGCUAACACAGAUUGAUAUAUUUUUGUAGAUAUGAGAUUCAUUGAUUGCAUGAUUUUAAUUUCAGACGGUAUAUCCGUUAAAGUAUAUCUUGCAUAUGACCGAAGCAGAAUAACUUUAGGGACCCAUAACUUUAAGCCUGUCUCAUUGGACUCUAGCUUACUACGAAAUUAAGUUGCGCAAUGUUUUCUUCAUCCUAGCCUAGGCCUGUAGAUGUAACCUUGUAAUCUGCAUUUCUUCUAGGUUAUUUUCUUUCAAACCUGUGAGAAUGUAUGAAAUGUUAUUUUAGUCAAAUAUGUGACGCGUUUUUAGAAGAAGUUUAGAGGGUUUUGUCCAGAAUCAAAGUAUACAACUAGCCCAUAAUAGCUCUAUUGUUCAUAACUUGACAGUGCUGACCGAUUGACCUGAGAUCUUUUGGGGGACUUUUGAUUGAUGUAUCGGCCAACAUCUGUGUUGACUGUCAAUCGAUAUAUCGGCCUCUAUGUUGGCCAAUACUUGCUCGACUCUCGGCCAAGAUGUUGGUUGACAGUUGACCAAUAAUUGGUCAAUAUUAUAUUCAAUAUGAUAUUCGGUCGCUACAGUCUAUUGGUCGAUACUUUGCUGAGGAAUCGUCAGCAUAUCACCGACACUUGGCCAAUGUAAUGGCCGAUACCUUGGUAGAAAUGUUGGUUGAAAUGUCGGUCGAUGCAUCAGUCGAGUGGCAGUCUAGUAUCGGCUGCAUAUCGGUCGAGACGUGGCUAGUACUUGACCGCUACAGUCUAUCAGUCCAUAGCUGGCUGGUACUUUGCCGAUGGAUCGCCGAUUUAUAUAUAGCGAUAGCGAUUGUCGACUGAUACACGACGAAUACCUUACUGAUAGUCAUCCAACAGUUCACCGAUACACUGGCAACACACUACCCAUGAUAUCAUGACCUGUUUAUCUUGUAUGUUUUUGUUUUUCCAGUGAAGGUCUCAGGGGAGUCACCCCUUUGUCUGUUCCUGAAAUAAUUAUGCUUAGAUAACAUAAAAUUAAUGAUCUAAUAAGCACCCUCUCACUAGCUCGCUCCAUUAGAUGCCCCACUCUAAUAAACCCUGGAGUAGCCAACUGAACAAAACCAAACCAAAAAUCAAUCAAACUCAAUCAAACCCAGUCAGUUCAUUGUUGUUCGAUUGGUUCAGUAAUUAAACAUUAUCGAACUAGAGCUUUUUGGGGAGUUUAAUUAAAAUCUUUAUUGUCAAAUUAAUUCAAAAUCAAUAAAUAUACUCUGGCAUUACUUAAUGGUGAUAGCGGGCAUAAGACUCACACUUCAACUUUAAGAGUCAACGGCCAACACUUACUGUGAGAGCUAAACCCCUAUCUCUCCUUUACUUCUAAACAAUAAACUUUUUAUUGACACUGACAGCAAAACAGUACUCAAGAAAGCCUUUAACUAUUGCUUCCAGUUGUUAGUUUCAUGCCGGGUUUCACGUUUUCCGUUCACUCCAUCAUCUUGCCUGUAUAUUCAUGUUUGUAAUUGAAGCUAACACAUAACUUACAUGCAUUUGUUAACCGCAACAUACUUAUACAUACAGCUGAGUAGUUUAUUUGUUGACGCAGGUCAGUUUAUGUUUGAAACCACAUGAAACUGGUUUUAUGUAUGAUUGUUGAAACUUCAAUUUUCAAACAUUUGAUUAUGUUUGAUUGUUAAAGUGGUUGAUUUCCAGACAUUUGAUAAAUGUGUUUGAUUGGCAAAAGUUUUAGGUAAGUUUGAUUGUGUUUGAUUACUGAACGCAGUCAUAGUCAAUCACAUGCUUGGAGUUCAAUUGAGCUUGAUUACCAAAUGUUCAACUGACUACGCCGGGAAUAAACACCUCCUGUUUAAUAGACUCUUCCUCCCGUGAAAAAAAGUAUACACUGAGAAACAAUCAAAGUUUAACAGGAAGGUAAAGGGUGAUUCAGAUUCUUAAGACGAGUACGACUACAAGUACAAGAUUUUCUCAAUACUACGUAGUGCUCGCACGAGAACCAGCAUCGUUUUUUGGCGGGAUAAGGUGGUAGCCAUGGUCAUUCUACUACUGCAAGUUUUAGUGAGAAUGUUGUGCUGGAAAAAACAAGAUAUCAAAUGUUAGUAAUUUUAUCAUUUUGCAAUCAGGAAAGCACUUAACCUCCUUCACUAAAGAUAACUGUGCUAACUUUUCUAGUGAAAUAUGGUAAAAUGAAGCUUUCCGGGAAGUCAACAUUUUGAGAAUGCAACAAAACUUUGGGUCAAAUCUCGUACUCAUAGUUCUCCUCGUCCUCAAAUGUAAAGGUCUUUAAUAAUAAUGGGGCACCUGCAGCUUUCAAGUCCAGUCAAAGCUCCCUUAAACUAACACUUUCAAAAAGCAGAAAAAAUUGGCUGCCUUUUCGGAUUGGUUUUUAUAAGCAAGAGUUCAAACAGAGUUAUGUUAAGGAGGAACAGAAUUACAUAUAGUGCUCUCUACUAACACUUUUUUAAAUAAGACUUGAAUCUGAGCUUUAGAUGUUAUUCGUAAGUUUGCUUAUCUCAGCUGUCUUAUACCUCUAGUGAGCUCAGUUCACAAGUGGAAGAAGAAAACACGGCGGAAAAUACUGUUGUGACAGAGUCCACCCCACUUGUUAUCCAUGUUAUUCAUCGUAGUGAUGAUCAUGAGAGAACCGGAACUGUUUUCUCGUCAAUAUUUACUCUGGUAUCAACUAUGGUUGGAGGAGGAAUCCUGUCGUUACCAUUUGCAUUUCAACAAGGAGGAUUUAUCUUGACAUCUGUGAUUUUACUUUGUGUAUUAAUGGCCUCCACACAUGGAGCAUUUUUAAUCAUUAACAGCAAGAGAUAUUGUCAAGGGAAAAUCAAGAAUGUAGAGGAUGUGGCUAACGUAGCAUUCGGAAAUAAGGGCAAGGUGUGUAUGACAGAGAAUUAUAGAGGACCUUAAGCAAUGACAACGUUGAUGUACCAGACAUCAAAAAUUGCAACCAGAAGUUGAUGUACCAGACAUCAAAAAUGGCAACCAGAAGUUGAUAUUUUUGCUCUUUUUGUGCACUGACCCGUUCAAUUUGUGCAGUGGGAGUUAAAACAAAGGCAUUCAGUUUCAUUGUGUGAAACAGAACCUUUCCAUCAAGCAAGACAUCAAAUUUCCGGUUGCUAUUCAUGACUUCUGGGCCAUCGAUGUUCUUGUUACUUAAGCUGUGUAAUGUUUGUAAAGUAAAUUACAUGCACACAGGGUGAAACAACCACAUUCUAUUACAUUAAUUUUGUAUUUUACUGACAUUACAUUUGGUUUAGAUGUGUCAUUAUUGUCCCCUUGUAUGACUGUAUGGAGGCCGUGCCAGGAUAAAUUGCGACAAGCGACAUGACCCAAAAAGUAGCAAGAGAGUGUAAAAUGAAAUCGUGACAACAGACAACCUCCCUAGGCCAAAUUGCGACAGUGACAGCGAAGCCGAGAAUAAGCGACAAAGAACGGUGGUUUGGCUGAUUUAUCACCAGUCUGAAUGCUAAGAAGAAGUAAUUUUAAUCAAUUUUCCUUGCGCUUCAAAGAACAUCUCUUGUCAGUAAGCUUCAGUGGACCCUCCUGUGAAAUUGUGUUAAUUGUGAAUGGCAAUGUAUAGGUGUUCGAUGCUCAAAAUGUUAACUGAGAAAUUGCAGAACUGUAAUAGUUUCUUUACCACACAUUGUUAUCGCCCUUUUCUAAGAUUGUGACAAAGACAAAGAAUUUUCAUUCAAUUUCCAACAGGGACGUGAAGAAUUUAUAAACACCAACACGAGACGUUUUAAAAUCCAGACAAGAGACAUGGGUCCCCCCGCCCCCACCCCUGGCAGGGCCUCUGUAUGAUUAAGGUCUAAGGCAGGAUUUUUGAGGCAGAAGAUCAGAAUAGCUAUUAUUUGCACUUGCCAUCUUCUACUGCACCAAAGGGAUUUAACUUUAAGGCCAGGAAGAUGAGCCAGGUGAUUUCAUGCAUUGUUUUGUUUUGUGUUUGGUUAAAUUCAAUGUAUUUACUGGUAGUGGGGUAGUGCACUUGUUUUAGAGCUUUUUUCUUUCAUCAGAUUCUUACACAAGUUGUCUUCAUCGUAACAUUGUUCCUGUGUUCAGUUGCCUACUGGAUUCUGAUAACAGACCAGGUAAGAAGGGGCAACCUUCAAAUUGUGCCUUGUACAGGGACUGGAAAAGAUUUUGUUGUCACUAAAAAUGUAACAAUAACCACUUUAUUUUGGUAUUUCCAUUUAUACAUGAUUUUACCAAACAUAAAGGAAAUACAAAAGGAAAAUUAGAUCUACUUAUUUUUUUAGGAAACAACAAAUCAAUCCAUUUUUAAAGCCAAUUUUUAUAUAUUUUUUUUCUUCUCUUAAUAUAAUAACUAUAUCAAUCAGUAUUAUUAAAAAGAUACCGUACUUUUUCAUAAUUGUUAAAAUUUUAGAAGACGUCAGUUUUGUUUUAGAAUCUUGUCAAAGACGGGUCUUUGUCAGAUCUUUAUAAUAACAAAUAUUAUUGUCCUCAAAAGGCAGUGGCAAAUUCAGAUGUUCAAGUCUGAGUAGGGGUCUGCUCAACCAGUACCUAAGCAAAUUAAUUAAAAGAUUUUUUUCCAAGUCCUAUUCUCUGUUUCAGUCUGGGCUAUGAAUAGGGAGGGGCCUUGAUCCUCACUGACCACUCCCAUAGACCCACCAAUGCUUGUGUAUUGUUUCUCUUUAUUAUUAUUCUUAUUGCUGGUCUUCAUCAGGCAGUGGCCUCUCUAAUGCCUCGGAUCAAUUUCUACCAGUAGAAAGAAGUUAAAAAUUUUAAAUCAAUAACAAAGUAACUACAUGUAUCAUGAGACAAAAGAUAAACAACCCUAUCAAAGCCGUUUUUUCUGGUAGAGAUAGUGCAGGACAUGCAUGUACUGACACAUGCGUGUACUUUAUAAAGGGUGUAUGCUUAUUAUUGGGUCGUUCUUGUAAUACUUUGCUUUUGACAUGGUUCUGCCAUAAUUCAUAUUUUUAGAUUGAGCCAAUUAUUGUGUUGCUUGUUGGUCAUCAUUCUUUCUGGUCAAAGAAGAUUGUAAUUCUGACUAUACCAAUGCUAAUUAUCUUCCCAAUUACAUUACUGAAGAGUUUGAAUGCACUCAGAUUCACAUCUGUUCUCAGGUAUUGAUAAUGAUGUAAUUUUUUUGUGAUACCAGUACAGUGGCAAUAGGAAAUCAUAUACAGGGUACAGUUAACUCUCUAAGACAGACAUGAAUGCAGAGACUGACACUUAAUGUCCAUCUUGGACCGAGAGGCAACAACAACAACAUCAAACCACGUAUCUCCACAAUAACUUUACAUGGUCUAAUGUAUUCUAAGUGAAGGGUUUUCUGAAAGAAAGGUGUGUGGUUUAAUAAGAGAAAGUUUAUUAAAUGAAUAAGUAAAUACAUUAUCCACGUAGUGGUUCUCAGUGUACCUUUCCUUGUCAAAUAUGGAAUUUGGUAAUGUUGGCUUUUGAGGAGAUGGGAAAACCGGAGUACCCUGAGAAAAACCUCUGAGAGCAAGGGAGAACAAUAAACAAUAAACUCAACCCAUAUAAUAAUUCAUCAUGUAUGCUGGAUGCAUGCAACAUAUGAAUCUAGUAAAUGGCCAUACUCUUGAUGAAUUUUUUGUAGCUCAAUGGAUCAAGUGCUACCCUGCUAGCAGACCUACUCUACCUUCUUUUUAUCAUGGGCAGAAGAAAGUAUUCUCUCGCCGAUAAUAAACAGAAAGUCAACUCUGCUAACAGGGACGUUGAGUGCGUGCCUGGGAUGUGGCAGGUCAUUCAACUGGUUUAAUUCCUGUUAGGGACCCAUGAUGUUUCUGUCCUAAGUUCAUCUCUUGAUGAUCAUAACAUCUUUUAUAGGUUCUGGUUGUUUGUUGCUUUUUCAUGUGAUAGUUUUUCUGCCAACACACAAUCAGAUCACCCACCUAUUCUACUACAUGAAACUUCCUCCUCCAUAGGCUUUCGUAAGGGUUAAUGGGGAGCACGGAACAAGACGUGAGAAGCGUGAGAGACAGAUGAUAGGAACGACUGCAGAGCAGAGCCCUUUCCUUAGUUAACUCAAGCAUCCCCCAAGAGUGAAUGAUAAUUAGCAGUUUUAUCUUGCAGUGUUUUGUGUGUGGUGUUCCUCGCCUGUGUUGUCAUUUUUAAAUCAAUAAAAAAUGACAUUGGUGGCCCUGUGGAUAAUCCUAAGAACCCUGUGCAGUGGUGGCCUACAGACUUUGGUGGUUUCCUUACUGCAAUUGCUAUCUCCGGACUGACUUUUUCAUGUCAUUUUAACAUCCUUCCUAUGCAUGGUGAGCUGCAAUACCAAACAAGAGCAAACAAGAGGAUUGUUCUCUAUACAGCAAUGGCAAUCAACUAUAUUCUGAAUGUUCUUGUCAGUUUCUUUGGAUUUUUCCAGGUGAGAUCAAAAGUAGUAUGGAAGCCUGGACUGCUUUAAUACUUCUUUACUGAGAGGGCGUCUUGUUAAGAUCAAGGUUUAAGGUUUCAGGGAAAAUGCCCACCUACCCCUCCCCUAAGCUAACAUUAACACUUACUUCUCAUUCAGGGCAAAAUGUUGGCUUAGGGGAGGGGUAGAUGUUGAUUUGAGAGGGAAUACAUUAGCCCUGAUGACUAUUGUCUUUAUCUCAUGCAUAAAAUGUGGCAGAAUAAUAAUUAUAAUGAAUAAUUAAUUAUUCAUUACUUUGUGGAAGAAUACAUUAACGCAAUUGACGUCUGCUCUCCUUGCCUUUUGUCCUCAUCUCAUGAAUAUAAGGCGGUGGAAUCUCAUUAAGAUAAGGUCACAUGCUUUUUUAGGGUCUUUAACCCAUUUGAUAGGUUUUCUAACUAUUUCUAGGUCCAAUGAAUGGCCUUUUUAAAUAGAGAAACAAAAAAAGAACCAAAAAAAUCCUUGGUGACUGUUCUUCUUACCUGAAAUACAAAAAAUGUAGAAGACACUCUUGUGCGGGAAAAGGUCCCAUAUGACAUACCUUCAGUAAAGUAAUCAGUGAAAGGAAGGCUGGUAUGGCAUAUACAUAUGUGCACAUUCCGAAAAUUUUUCUGUGCUUUACCGCAGCCUUGUAAAUGUCCUGUGGAAGACUUGAAGCAGUUGGAGCAUUGUAUCAAACUGGUUGUUGAGGGCUGGAUAUUAAACAGCAAAGACUAUUUGAAGUUAAGAUAUUGACGCAAGCCUUAGAAAACCCCGAUUUCAAAACUAUUCCCUGUUUUUGGCCAGCAUUAACAGUGGUGUUCUUUUUCAGUUCAGACAAUUCAUCGACCAGGACAUUACAAAGAACUACCGCCAUGAUGACGUACUUGUUAACAUUGGUCGAGUGGCUCUCGCAUGUACGCUUCUGCUUAGUUUUCCACUGCUCAUCUUUCCGUGCAGAGCCGUCAUUAACAGGGUAUGGAAAAUUAAUACUGCUGAAUAUGAGAAGCCCGAUACCAAGGCGUUGCUUUUUUUACUUUGUGCUCACAAUUCAGGCUUCGCCUAGCCUGUUCCAGGCUCUGAGAUAGUGGGGAAGACAACGAAAGAAAAGGGCACGCGAAAAGUUGGCGGGGCGGGAAAAGUGUCCUCCCGUUUUAAUUUCGUGUUUGCGCUUUCUCAAUUCAGCGGACUCGACUAUCUCGGAGUCUUGAAAAGGCUAGGCUUCGCCCUUCAUCGGUAGACGCAACCGUUUCUCAGUCUCUAGCGCGAAUGACGCGCUCGCUCGCUUUUAAAAGGAGGAGAGCGCCUAGGAACUGAGCAGAUAGAAAAACUUUAACUACAGGGAACCACACGGCACAGAAUAAAACUCGGCCGUUACUUCUUUUGUUAUGGGAUCUCUCUUUUUCGGGGCUUGUCAUGGCCUCCCACGCAGACGCUCUUAGGACUUUAUCACGCUACAAAACCUUCACAUUUUAUAAUUUUUUGCCUGACUAAAACUGUCCCUCUGCCUUAGCCCCAGAAUUACAAUUACAUUGAGGUGUUUUGAGCUAGUAUAGCACAUGCUAACGAGGGAAGACAUACAGCGGACGCUAAACGCAGCAAAAAUAAACAAUAAAUAACGAGAAAAUGUAAUUUAAAUCAGCUGAUUUAAAACGAGAGAAAGAGACACGAAUUGGCGAAACACAAGGGGUGGAGAAAAUGCAAGAAAACAAACUACUGGCAAGGGCGAGGGCGUGCCGCAGUGGAUGAUAAUUUUAUUUUAAUGUCAGUUCAGUUUUUUAUUAGACAAUAAUUUUAUAGAAGGCAGUUAAUGAUUUUAUUCUUUUCAAACAGUUGAUUUGGCGAAUAGAGACCAAGACCCUUCUUCAAUCUCAGCCUUCCACGACGUCACGCUCGCUAGAAUACUUCAGUAACGCAACAGGUACAGGCCCCUCAAGGGUCACGUGGCUGGUGGAGACUGGACUUUUAGUGUUUCUUGGAUAUAUCCUGGCGUAUUACAUCCCACAGGUCAGUUGAUUCGUUCCUUCGUUAUCAAUAGUUAUGAGAUCUUCUAAAGCGCUUAUACCAUAAAACAAUAUAAUUCCCUUUAGCCAGAAGCCCCUAACCAAGAACGAGCAACUCCCAUACCAGGCCUUAUUUCGCGGCGUUUUCACGGACCGGCUUAGAGCUUUUUUCCCAUAAAAGCCUAUGAGCGCAGUCGAAGUAUAAGGUGUGAAAAAGAAAAAUGAAAAGGUAAAAAAUACCACUUUGAUGUCUGUACGUUUUGCUGGCUGGUUUGUGGCACUUAAACAGGUUAUUUGAAAUUUGAGUCAAGUACGUUCUAAAACUGUACUGGGCCCGGUUCCUGAAAGUCCGUUUAGCACUUAUCCAGGAUUAAAAUUUUGUUCCACUUUUUGUAUUUACCUUCCUAUACAUUGCCUAGAGAAUAAUUUGUGUUAUCAUUUCUCUUUUUCGAAGUAAAGGCACAACUGUAUUUUGUAAACUCGAGCUACAUGUUCUUAGACAAGAAAACCUUGCUUAAAUUUCGCUUAAUCCUGGGUUAAACUUAACCAUGUUUCGAUGAAAACGCUUGGACAAGAACACGUGUACAUGGAAGUUACUCGCUCCGGGUUUGAGCUCCUGCUUUUGCGUUUUGUAAUUCCCUUGAACCCCACCCCUCCCUCUUUUUAUGCCUUCCACCCCCCCCCCCCCCCCCCCCCCCCCCCCCCACCAUCCCCCCCAUCCCCCCUUCCCCUAUCCCGCGUUCCCUUUGUGCUGCCUUUUGACUGACACUCGAUGUAAUACAAAUGCUAUAAGCUUGUGUUCAUUUAUUUAUCGCAGGUUGCUAUGGUGUGGGGAUUUGUUGGCGCCAUUGGUAGCACCAUCAUGAUUUACAUCCUACCACCAGCUUUUUAUCUGCGCGUGCGCAUUCACCCGGAGCGGCCUGACCUGAAACAAGUGGCGGCCUGGGGCCUAAUGUUGACUGGAUUUUUAGUGUUGUUCGUUGGCACCUAUCAGUCAUUUGCUAACGUCAUCAACCCAAUUCCUAAACUAACCCCACAGCAUCCCCUAACUAAUAAUUCAACAUCGUAAAGUAAGUGUGAACGCGACUACAUUGGUGUUGAUGUAACGAGAUUUGUGGCCACGUUCUGAAAGCAGGACCAGAACUGUUCAAAGCUGUUAUAUCGGACUCUUCAUAAUAUCAGCGAACUAAAAAGGAUGAACCGCAGGAAAACUUGGGAUCGGUUCAGGCCUGAGUGAAGUAAACUGAAGGGCGACGAAACAAAUAAAAGCUGUAAAUGGUGGGAAAGCCCUCCCUGCCUUUGAUAAAUUAUAAAUAAAUAAAUAAUGGUAAAUUAACUUAGUUAAUUCAGCUCAGCUCAUGUGAAGUGCGGCGUUGGUCCUUUUUAGGUGCAGCUAAUUUUUACGGUCGAUCCGAUCUAAAGACAAUCAGCCAAACUAAAAAAACAAGAGCCAAACUAAAUUUCAAUUUGUCUUGAAAAGUGGCGGAGUAAAAAAGACCGUUUCGGUGGCAUUUUGAAUUGCAUGUUGAAUUAACUGCUGUAUUACGUCCAAACAGGCCUUCUUUAUUUAAUUUAGGUCUACCUCAACUUACUCUUAAUUAAGUCCAGCUCAUGUGAACAAAGGCGUUUGCGCGUAGCCUUCCAUAAAUGGUAAAGAUUAAAAGUAAAUAACUUAGUUCAUUUUAAAAAAGAGUCAGAGUUAAUCUGCGUUUCUUUUCAAGUAAGCAAGGAUUUUUCCGUUAUUUAAGGCAAAUUCUGAUCUUCCUUGUUAAUGAUUCCAUUUUCUAAUAAAAAAAUGAAUCUGUUGGGCGCUGGGUAAAAAAAUAGCACCUGAUGGUCAUGGCCUAAUCAAAUCUAUAAACGAUAUUAAUUGUCACGGAGUACCUAGCUAAAUAGACGUCUCGGAGGCAUGCAAUUAAAUUUUUCAAUGGCGAUAUAGAAACUUGAUUUCUGCCAUUUUAUUUGAAAUGCUAUUUAUUUAUUUAAAUAAAAAUGAGUAUUGUGUAGUUUAUUAAAUAUUUGCAUUAAUCUUUAUCAGUAUCAAUUACCUAUAAUAGUAUUCUCUCUAUAAAGAGGACCUGAGAUUCAAGUUCAGUUAGUCCUUAAUGAUUAGAAUCAUACAGGUUUAUACGCAGAAGUUUUAUGGAUUCAUCACUAUUUAUAGAAAUAUGAAAUGAUUUUUAUCAAAUUAUUUUUACCAAAAGACAGAGAAUUUAUCUAUCAUUGGCAUUGUCGCUUGUAUCGUUGUAUUUUUACGCAUAAAUGAUGUUGAUUGUUUAAA